GAUGGAACGUAGCUGUAGGUACCUAGGUGGUACUGUACUGUAAAUAUAAUAUAAAAAGGAGUGCGGUUGCGAAUUGUUCGCUUUUGAGCUGCUUCAGAGAAUUUUCUCCUGAAUCUUAAAGUUUUUUCUUUAUCCUAAAAUCGGAUAAUUUUGGAGAUUAAUUGAGACAACAUACAUUUUAAUAUAUAUCAGAAGAAACAGUUCAGACCAAUUAGCGCAUUUUAACGAUGUCGCAAAUUUACACAAAGAGUGGUGAUAAAAUCCAUGAUGAGAAGAUCCUGUUGCCAUACACAUACAUCCAGCAAGUGCCUGGCAAGCAGAUCCGAACAAAGCUUAUAUCUGCAUUCAACUACUGGCUCAAAGUCUCCAAUGACAAAAUCCAAGCAGUCGGAGAAAUUGUGCAGAUGCUUCACAACUCCAGCUUACUGAUCGACGAUAUACAAGACAAUUCUAUCCUCCGUCGCGGCAUCCCCGUAGCGCACUCCAUCUACGGCGUCGCCAGCACCAUCAACGCUGCCAAUUACGUCAUGAUCAUUGCUUUGGAGAAGACCUUGAACCUAGGACAUCCUAAGGCAACAGCAGUGUACACAGAACAGCUUCUAGAGUUACACCGAGGGCAAGGUAUGGAGAUCUACUGGCGGGACAACUUCCAAUGUCCCUCCGAAGAGGAAUACAAGCAGAUGACUGUGAAAAAAACGGGCGGGCUGUUCAUGUUGGCGAUUCGUCUGAUGCAGCUGUUCAGUGACAACAACUCGGAUUUCAGCAAGCUGUCUUCCAUACUCGGCCUUUACUUCCAGAUCAGGGAUGACUACUGCAACCUUUGCUUGCAAGAGUAUUCGGAAAACAAGAGUUUCUGCGAAGACCUGACGGAAGGAAAGUUCAGCUUCCCCAUCAUACACGCCAUCAGGAACCAGGAGGGCGACAAUCAAGUAUUACACAUCCUGCGCCAGCGCACUCGCGACCUGGAAGUGAAGCGCUACUGUAUAUCUCUGUUGGAACGACUUGGAAGCUUCCAGUACACGAAGGAUACACUCAUACAGCUGGACGCCGAAGCCAGAGCAGAGAUCGCGUCGCUGGGCGGCAACCCUCACUUGGACGCGCUUCUCGACGAACUGCUGAGCUGGAGACGGAACGGGAAUAACGAUACAAACAAUGUGUAAACAUACCAAAGAUAACCAACAAUCUGAAAGCGGUCGAGAUAAUAUAUCAAUCAAACAAGGCCACAAAGAAGUAAUCAUAUCGAAAGAAUUUUACCAAUGAACAAUUUGAAAAGAUAUCUUAAAACUAAAACGUACUUAUUGUUUGUAUUUUAUUUAGUUUCAAUUUCAUUUAAUAUUGUUUUACAAAGUAUUCAUUCAUAUGAAUUCAUUAAUUUAAAUCUAGUUUUGUUACGUGAAGUUUAUUUUUCAAUUUUUGGGAUGUAUAUUAAAAUAUGUUCGUAUUAGUUAAGAACUAGUCAUUCGGCUUAUAAUAUUAAGUAUCCAUUAAUAUCUCUAUUGCUGUUUAAAUGUCGUAUCGCCUAAUAUAUUGGCCUAACAAGUUUAUUUGGUAGACAAAUUAAAAAAACCCCGACUGUAAAUAUUUAUUUCGCUACAACUUUUGAACGGCUGAACCGAUUUUGAUCAAUCAUAUCUAAGAACCACCUCAUAAAAAUUAGCUGUCAAAUAAAUAAAAAAACCGCAUCCGAAUCGGUUCACACGUCGAUGAGCUACGGUGCCACGUACACAGUCAGACACACUUACCGGUAAAACUUGUAACACCCCUCUUUUUGCGUCGGGAUUUAAAAAUUAUAACCUAUAAUUUUUUAUGUAAUUGUUCUAAUACGAGUAGAGUACUUACACAUAAUGCAUUUAUAAGUCCUAAAUUCUUAUAAUUCAUCGGUAAUAUUACCGUUUUUUUUUAUUUAAAUAUUUUGUACAUUGUUACCUUUUAGGCAAAAAUCGUAGCUAUAUUAUUUGUAAGCAUGUUAGAAGAAAAAGCUUCUACUUUUUCUAGUAUGGAAUCUUUCGCGCUUAUGUUUACGUCCAUGAUUUUUAGUACGACAAAGUCACGUCGCAAAAAGAUAGAGCGAGAGAUUGUGAGUGUAGAUAAACAUUAUUCUGCAAGCAUAGAAACUUGUGCCAUAGUGGGUAUGUCAACCUAUUAGUUUCCAUUACAAUGACAGAUAGCAUCAAAUGAAUAAUAGCGAGAACGUGCUAAAUGGAUACAUUGCAUUGUAUUAUGAUCUAUAGAUCCGUAUCUGUAGUACCUAUACAAAGUGAAACUAUAGUCUCUCAUUUAUAUUAUUAAGGCUGCACACUAGCGCCACCUUUUCAUUUUCUAUCUAGUGUGACACAAUUUGUCAAGGUCAUUUUUUAUUUUUUGCUUUUCUGACGCCACUGUGCUUAAUAAAUCAAUUUUAAUGUAGUAAUUAAAUAUAAGUAAUUGAGCAUAAUUCCAUUUUUUUUCAUAUGUUACUAUCAAGUUCAUAGAUAUUCUAAGUGGAGUUGUUAUUUAAGCUUUGGUUGCGAUAAUUAAUAGCGUAACGCUUUAUUGAUUGAUUUAGAUUAGCAUCGAUCUCAUAAACAUAAAAAAAAUUGUUAUCGAUGGGGGAUAUUUUGUUUUUUUAUGUGUUGCUAUAAAAUAUUUUAUUCCGACAAUUUAAUCUCUAAAAUUACGAGAAGUCACCAUAAAUUCCCAAAAAAAAGAAAUUACAAUUUAAUAAAUAAAAUUACGUAUCCUUAUUUUGCUAUUAUGCUUAUUAUUUUGCUAUUUGCUUAUAUUGCUUUGUAGCAGUAAUUAGUUGUAAAGGCGAAAGUUGCAUAAAAAUGUGUUUUUUUUUAAUAAACAGGCGGUUAACACCGCGGGGUGCAGCUAGUAAUAAAUAUAGUUUUUUUUUAUAUUUGUUCUAAUAAUACUAUAUGUUGAAGAAAGCAUUGCAUUUUACCACAGCUUUUUGUGAAGAAUAAAUAAUAUACAGUAGACAGUGUACUUAUCAUAGACAUAAGGGUCAGGUUCCAAUGGCAUUCUAAUACUGUGUCAUUAUUGUGUGUAGCAGAAAUUAUAUGAAAUAAUAGAUUUGGCUGUAACAAUGUUGAUAGGAUAGAGGUUUUGGACUAUUGAAAUACUUGCACAUUCAUAUAUGAUAGUGUUCUUUUGUUGUGGAUGUAACAUUUGGGAAGCAUGAUAUUUAUAUAACACGAGACCGGGCGAGGUGUGAUAAUUAUUAAAAAUAUGAAAUAUACAGGGUAAGUUUUUAUUCACUGCAUGUAUUUUUUUUACAAUAUGUUUCUGAAUACAUUAGGUCCGUAAAGAAAUGUACAGUAAAGAAAAAACAUAUAAUUUCGUAUUUAUAUGGGAGAACAAAAAAUGACAUUUUAUGACAUGGAUUAAUGUGGAACCCAACUCGAGAGAUCUGCUCAUAUAAAUUGUGCAUUGAUGAAAAACUACUCUGUAUGAAAUACUAAUAAUAUUAUAUAUGGGAAAUUAGAUUACUUCAAAAAUAUAUCAAAUCAAAAUGGGUCUGACGCAAAAUGUGCGUUUUGCAAAAUGACCACUCGACGGAGAAUGAGCAGAAUGAGAACUUCACAAACUUCACUUCUCAAACUGUGACCUUGUUAAUCAUCUUCAAAAAUGAGCCUAGCAGCGCAUUAUCCAUUAUUGGACCCGUCCGGUUCACUAUUUUAUUCUAAAUUAAAAUUAAUUAUAAGUCCACCUAAACUUCGAAAGCCAUUUCAUAACUCAUUACCUAAAACUAUAGAUAAUUAGUUAGUAUAAAACGGCUGCUCAACGAAUCAAAUUAGAAAUAACUCUGAUUGCAGUUGAGUUAUAAUAAGUUUUGAAUGAAAAUUGACCAAUAACUCUGGUUGAAGGCUUAAUCUCUAUUAUGUACUUAGGACUUGUAGUUUGUAUUAACUAGCCAAUGUUGACAAUAAGUUUAGAUAAAUGAAUAAAUAGAUUGAUUUUACCAUAGGCAUAAUAGAAUAAAUGUGAAAUGUUGCGGGUUUGUUGAUUUAGUCACACUAUAGAGGUCUUAAGAUUAACAUUGAGACUAAAAAUCUACGUUAAGAUUAUUAAGCCUACUUUAGAAAUAGUUUAAUUCAUGCAAAAAUCCCAACAUCUUGUUCAUCAAUUUUGUUGUUACUUUACAACGUUUCACGUAGGGUCUUGAAUUUUUGACGCAGAACGUCAUGUUCGCAAAAUGUCACUCGAAAAAAGUCUUAAAUAUUGUCACUAUUUCAUAAUAUACCUUUUGCACAAUGGCCAAAUUGUCAUAAUACUUUUUUCUCACGACAUUAUUACUAUAAAAUUCAUUAGUAUUAUUUCAUAGUAUCAAAGUAACUUUUCCUAUUCUGCAGCAUUAAUAUUAGGUUUCUUUUGACAGAAAAAAGAGAAGAAAAAUUUAAAUAAAUUUUGCGAAAAUAAAGUUAAGAAAAAGUAACAUUGUGCGAUUAUUACAAAAUGUGUUGACUAAAUAUUUUGCGAUGACAUUUUGCGAUAGUGACUUUCUGCGUCAAGGCCAUACUUAUGUAACAAGAUAUCUGUUUCGACGCUAAAGCCCACAUUGACAAAAGUUCCACUACUCUUUUUUUCUUCUAGUCUGUUGUGUCCCAUGGCUGGGCUAAGACUUCCCUUCAAAAAAUUCUACUACUUCUAAGUGCAGUAUGCUGCCAUCCCCACAGAAAACCAUUCGUGUCAUCCCGCCAUAUCUUUCGGUCUUCCCCCAUUCCUACGACUUUCUAGCACCCACAGAGUAGCCAGUUGGGCCCCAUAUCUCUAAUCCUCUUUAAUUCAAAUAGCGAAACAGAAACUUAUGAUUUUAAUUAUUAACAAAUAAGUUUUAGCAGCGUAAGGCCAUGUCGUUUAGUUAAUAAGGGCACGUUCAGUUUUUUGCUUAGCAUAUAAUAAAUACCAAAGCCGCCAAAGGUGCAAUUUAUGAUGAUAAUAUACGGAAUAUUUAUUCCGUUAUUAUAAUUAAGAAUAUUUAAGUUUUGCCAUAGGCCUGAAAAUGUGCGAUACACUUUUUAAUGUAGAACACGUGUAAAUCUUAAGUUUUAAAAUUUUAUACUUAUUUAAAAGUUUGAGUUUAUAAAACUGUAAUUUAUAAUUAGUUUCGAAUUUUGUUUCAUUUUAAAAUUUCAGUUAAUUGCAAUAAUUUAAAAAUAAUUUACUUAUCGUUUUCACAUGCAUUUGGUUUUAUAAAAUAUAAUUUUGUAAUAUUUUGUUUAUUGUGAAUAUGUUGCUUGAAGAAUAUACUUUUUUAUGUUA